UUUUCAUGAACUGUUGGAUUAGAAUUUUUAUUUUUAAAGUUUAUCUUCUAUAUAAUUAGCAAGUGUUUUAAAAGCUUCACCAGGUGUUGUUGCAGCCAUACGCACCUGGAGUAACAAGGAAUAAACAAACAAUUUUGAUGCCUCAGUGAAUAGUCCCAAUGUCCAGCAUUUGUCAGGAUUAAUAAACACAUUUCUUCCACAGUUUUAUUUAUAACUAAUGUGCUCAUGGAUGACCUCCUGAUAAGUGGUGUACUUCAGAUGCAUGGCGCUUUCUGUUCUCGACCCUUACCCUUCCUACCCGGAGUCUUAUUCGUUGUUCAUUUAUGUGUUCACAUUUUAUUACACGCUUUGUUCUCACUUAACAUCGUUCUGCGGUUGGAGUUCACAUUAUGAAAAAACGUGUUUUGAACUCUCAACAACACUCCAUAAAAAUGAAUACACUUGUAGUUACUUAUAAUAAUAAUUAUUAUUACGUGCAGCAAACGGUGUCACACGUUCCCAUGCACAAUACACCUUCACGCACGUGACGUUUCAGCAUUUUGCUGUGUACACACAUGACGUAGAAAUCCGUAAAAGAACUCGGAACACGGAGCCAGGCUCGAAUACACGCGCAAGCCCACACAUCAGCGUUUGGAGCUCCAGAGCGCGCAUGGUCGGACCCCAUCAUCCAACUUCCCGGUCGGAGGUCACAGUGCAUGCGUCUAGGCGGCUAGCUGGAGGUCGCGGGCAUGACGUGCCAGCACGUGCGGACUGUCCGCCAGCGUCAGACGACGUGCACGCCACCCCAAGGGAGUCGUACGUGCCGCGCGGACUGCCUGCAGGCGCACAGUAGGUGUGACAAUAACGCGUGCUGCAGUCUCCUGGCGCGUGCAGCUGCUGACAUGUUGUCGCUCGUGAAGUGACGGCACGCGCCAUGUCGCACGCUCUUGCCCGGCGUCAGCAGCAGCUGCUGCAGCAAUGUCAAUGUUGUCGCUGUGGCUCGUUGCAGUGCGGGGCCGACGUUUGCAUCUGUACGGCAGUAAAGACGCGGGAGUUGUGGGCGACGGACCGUGGGGUCGAUAACUACAGCAAAGCCUGCUGCACGGCAAAGCCCCCGACGACACGACACGGCGUGCUGCACGCUGGGAGGCGGGGCCCCUCGCUCCCCUCCGCACGGGCCCACGUCUGCGUGUGAAGCAAAGUUUGUCUGACAGUCCAACGCUUCGAGCUGAGCGGCCGGCACCCCUUCAGUCCCAGUGUAUCCACCCUCACAUACUCCUGCAGCCCGUACUUCGUCAACAACAACAACACUAAGGUCAGAGGUCAGAGCGUUCCAGGCUUUCCGUUAAUCCCUGUGUAAUAACCCCGCCGACUGCUUGCACCUAGGGACACACCCUAGUGGGAAUUCAUUUCUGUAGUGCUUCCGCGAUUACCUGCCGCCAUUGAGCCUCGCGACACCUGGCCGAAUGAAGGAGUGGAAAGGUCGUGUGUGUGUGUCUCUCUCGUGAUCGAUGACAGCAGCGUCGUCAGUCGCGCGGGGUUUCCACGAUGACGACACAAACUUCAGUCUUUGACAAGAGAGUUGUUGCUAGCUAGACCUACCCUAGCACGUGCAGGCGGGUGGCACCCAGACUACGCCUAGAACCGUCGGGUGCACUUGCUGCAGAGCACGACACGGGACACACUGUACCCGGGUAGCAGAGCGACGAUGACAAGGUGAAGUCUCGAAACGAGAGCAGCGCUGGGUGUGGAGUAAACAGACACUAACUUCAAACAUGAUGGGAGUACCCCUGUUACGGUACCCGAAAACUGAUCGCACAGAGUCCAGCUACAGAGCCGUACCGUUAACUCGUGUGGUGCUGCUUGGUCAGUUUGGAUUCUGUCAUAACAACAGUAUGGACAGCCAGUGUCCUUUCAUGGAGGAAGGUGUUUAUAAUGGCUACCCCAGCUGCGUAGUGCCGUCUGCCUGGCCAACCCUCAAAGACCAGCAGACGACUGGUGGUCAGCAAGACAUGGAGCCGGACGGGGCGAAGGGCAGAACCAAGGUGCAGCUUCACCCGAUGGUGGGAGGGCCGUACCCACUGCGGGACGACCCCAUCAUCACGGCGCGCGUGCUGUCGUGCUGCAUGUGCGGCAUCCUGCUGACCGUGCUACUGCUGUACUUGCUCUUCCAGUACGUGCGGCAGCAAACCAAGCUGUUGGUGCCCACGUCGACGUCGGCAACCUGGACUUCCACAACGCCAUCUACACGCAGCGCGUGGCGGAAAUCAUCCGCUCGGCGGCCAGCGCGCCGGACAUGCGCACUGCGGCACUCGGGGUCACGCCCUUUCUACUGGCUCAUCAUCAGGCGCUGUCACGGGGAAGCAGCCCGGACUCGAGCGACACCAAGGGGAGAUGGUCGCACGUGA